AUGCAAUCCAUUGGCAGCGGUCUCGGCGAUGGACGAUCCACCGUCCUACCCGCGCCUUCAACGGCUCCAGACACAGGAGAUACCACUUCCAACAACGCCCAACCCGCCAGCCUCGCGGCUACCACGAACCACCCUUCGUCUUCCUCUACUACACCUGUGCCACCAAAGCCGUCGGAUUUCAAGUUUGGCCGCGAACUAGGCAGCGGUUCCUUCUCGACCGUCUACGUGGCCAAAGAAAUCUCCACCCAGAAGGAGUACGCUAUAAAGGUGGUCAUAAAGGAACACGUCUAUCGCAAUAAGGCCAUACUCUCUGUUCUAAUGGAAAAGGAAGUACUGAAACGGACCAACCACCCCCUCCUUAUUCGUCUCUACUAUACUUUCCAGGAUCAACAUCGUCUCUACUAUGUGCUACAGUAUGCUCAAAGGGGUCACCUACUCACCUACCUCAACAAACUUACGUCUUUCAACCGAGAGGGCACACAGUUCUACUCGGCUGAGCUUCUUUUAGCUCUAGAAUACCUCCAUUCCCAGUCGAUUGUUCACCGUGAUGUCAAGCCAGAAAACGUCCUCCUCUCCCUUGACAUGCACAUUAAACUGGCCGAUUUUGGAUCAGCCAUAAUCCUGAAUGAUCCCUCUGUGAAGGCGCCCACCUUCACGGGCACACCUCAGUAUGUUAGCCCUGAGAUGCUGCAAAUCGAUUCCCCGUCCUCCGUCUCCUCUUCCGCAUCCUCUUCUGAAGAUGAGUGUGACAAAAAGCCGCCCGGUGGACUGAAGGACUCGGCAGACCGAGCUCCUGCCAGGUCAGAAGACUCCCCUGACAAGGGAAAAAAACCGACUGGUCUGGUCUAUCUGAUGGACUACUGGGCGUUCGGCUGUGUAAUAUAUCAAAUGCUGUCCGGUCGGCCACCCUUCCGGCCUGACAAGCAUGGCCAUGAAUUCGACGUUUUUCGGAAAGUCCUUGCCUUAGACUACGUGUUUCCUGAGCGCUUUGACAAUGAAGCCAAAGAUAUUGUUCAGCGGUUGCUGGUGGCUUCUCCGUCUGAUCGGCUUGGCGGCCCCACCUCUGGCGGGCCGACUGCUGUUCGAUCUCAUCCCUUUUUUGCCGGCGUUGAGUGGGACAGCUUAAUGCAGAAGCAGCCGCCGACCCUUAUACCCAACUUGGAACCGUUAGAACACAACGACUGGGAUAAGGUCCCUGCGGGCUAUACUGAAGGCCAAAAAUACCUCCUUUCACAAGAGCUCAAACUGGCAGCAAGCCAAGUUACGGAAAUUGACAGGGCAGAACUCUUGAAGAAGCAGGCCAAUGAAAACAUUUUUCACCGCUUCGUACGUGGGCGUUUAAUUAUAAAACAGGGAGUUCUCUAUAAGCGCCGGGGCUUGUUUGCACGCAAGCGGGUCUUCCUGCUGACUGAGGGCCCGCAUCUCUUCUAUGUCGAUCCCGAGACUAUGGUCCGCAAGGGCGAGGUACCUUGGAGCAGUUUUCUGCGUGUUGAAGUCCGGAACUCGAAGAUAUUUUCAAUCAUCGUCCCCAAUCGCAUCUACUACCUGGAGGAUCCUGCCGGUCAUGCCAAUGACUGGUUGGAAAAGUUGAGACAAGUCAAAGCUAUGUACUACUCCGACCCUAUUGACAACUAA